AUGGAUCAUGCAUAGGAGGAGAUAAAUAAGGCUUUAAAAUUGGAUCCAAAAUAUGCAGAAGCCUAUUAACUGAGAGGUAGAUUGAUUCAUUUUAAGAAAGAGGAGAAGCUUAAGGCAUUAGAUGAUCUAAACUAAGCCAUCUUCCAUAAUCCAAGUUUGGUUAGCAGCUUCUAUCACAGAGGUAUUUCGAAAACUGAUGUAGCUACUGUCUAUUAGAAAAAUUAAAUGCUAGACAAAGCUUUAGAGGAUUGCGAUUAGGCAAUAAAAUUGAAUCCUGAUUAUGCGUUGGCUUAUAGCAAAAAAGGUUCAUUGAUGAAGAUCAAAGGAAGGCUAGAUGAAGCUCUUGAUUUGUACUCAAAGGCAAUUGGUCUUGAUAAAAAUUGUUCCAAUGCUUUUCUGCACAGAGCUCUUCUAUUUAAGGAAAUCCGUUAACUAGAAAAAGCACUUAAAGAUUAUAAUUAGGCUAUUGAAAUCAAUCAAAAUAAUCCUAAUGCAUAUUUUAAUCGAGGAGUCUUACUAAAAGAAAUUGGAGAGUACGAAUAAGCUCUUUAAGAUUAUGAUAGGGCAAUCGAAUUAAAUCCAACUAAUGCCAGCAUUUAUUUGAAUAGAGGUGCUUUAUUGAGCAGUAUGAAUCAGAAAGAAAGAGCUUUAAAAGAUUAUGAUAAGGCUAUUUAAAUCAAUCCAGAAUACUCUAAUGCUUAUUUAAAUAGAGCUCUUUUGCUUUGUGAUAUGGAUCAGAUUGGCAAAGCAGUAAAAGAUUGCAAUUCAAUAAUAAAGAUUAACAAACAAGAUGCAAAUGCUUAUUUUAACCGGGGGUUUUUAUUUGAUCAGUUGGAUUAGAGACAGCAAGCACUGGAUGACUACACUUAAACAAUAGAAAUAAAUCCAAAGGAUUCUAGGGCAUUCAUAAAUAGAGGCCUAUUGUAUUGGAGAAUGCAAGAAAAAGAAAAAGCCAUGAAAGACUGUUUUACUGCCUUAGAAAUAUGUCCAAGCAAUCCUCUUUAUCUCACGAUAAUAGGUGAUUUACAUUUUCAGGAUUUAUAAAAUGAAAAAGUGCAUUAAUAUUUCACUGAGGCGUUGAAAAAUAUUGAAGGAAUGUAACCUGAAGAUAAAGCUAAAUGGGGUUUGUCAGAUAAAAACAUCAGCUUCAUUAAAAUUAAACUAUAGAUUCUAUAAGAAAUAGAGCGUGAUAUCAUAAUAGCCAAAAAGCAGAUAUCCCUGUUGCCCAAGAUUUCUACAUAAGAUUAGAAUUAAGCAAAUGAAUUUUUCGAGAGGAUUGAGAGAAUCGAAAGGUCAGUUUCUGUAAUAGUUUUACCAAACAAUGAAUCAUAGAAACCAGAAAGGCAAUAGAAUAUGAUCAAUUAAUUCUAUGAGAUGUAGUAGCAACUUAAAUAAUUACAAUAAUAGUUGCAAUAAUAAAAUCAACUGAUUAACAAGAUUUAAAAUUUAGAUAACUUCUAAAUAGAAUUUAUGAUGGAUGAGUUGAAGAAACCAAGAAAUAAGCAUCAAUUUAUAUAUUAUAAAUCAUUAUUUUGGAGAUUGUACUUCUAUAUGCAUGCAAUGUAGGAACUAUCUACAAAUCUAUUUUAAGUCAAUAAAGAAGCCUUUGUUGAAAGUACUUCAGAAAAGGUUGCAAGCAUAUUAUAAAAGAUUUUUAAGGUUGGAUCAAAAGCUUUAGAGCAAUUACCAAUUAUUGGAGAAGCAUUCAAUAUAAUUAAUUCUGCAUUAGAUUUUGGAAUUGAAUAUCAAAAGGAAGCUAAGUUUAAAAGAAGGAUAAUUCGUUUAACUAAUAUUAUGAAAUUAUUUGCCAUAACUCCUUCUGAAUUAGAGAAAGAGGUAUAGUUUGCAGCAAUAGAAUUAAGCAAAUUGUAGGAACCUGGGAUGAAGGAAAUCCCGAUAUCGAAAUUCACAUAAUUUGUGGAAAAAUUAUCUUUACUCGAAAAUACUUAAGAAGAGUAUAGCAGAGAUCCUUAUUGGAAGAAAGGGACAGUAGAUUCGUUGAUAAUCUUGAAAUAUUUAGAGGAUAAUAAUGAUAUGAUUAUGUUAGAGGAUUAGCAUAAAAAACUUAGGCAAGUAUUCAUUGAUGCCAUUCUAAAAAAUGAAAAUUCAACUUCAAACACAAUUAAGAAAUAAGAGAAAUAGAUCUCUAAAGACAAAGAAGAAAUUGAUAAAUGUAACAUAUAAUGA